CCCGUUUGAGACGGCCCACAGGGAAAAAGAUUCAUGUGAGCUGGACUGAUGCUGCAAAUGCUCGCGUUUUAUUCUGAUUAUAGAAGCAUGAGAAGUGUUCUCCACAGACAUGGAUAAAUAUGAAAGGUUGAAGAAGAUUGGCGAGGGAUCUUUUGGAAAAGCCAUCCUGGUCAAGUCAAGGGCAGAUGGCCGGCAAUACGUUAUCAAGGAGAUUGGCAUCUCCAGGAUGUCAAACAAAGAAAGACAGGAAUCACGUAAAGAGGUGGCAGUUCUGGCUAACAUGAGCCAUCCUAACAUUGUCCAGUACAAGGAAUCCUUUGAAGAGAGUGGUUGUUUGUACAUAGUAAUGGAUUACUGUGAGGGAGGGGACCUGUUUAAGAAGAUCAAUAACCAAAAAGGGACUCUCUUCUCUGAGGAACAGAUUCUUGACUGGUUUGUGCAAAUCUGCUUGGCUCUUAAACAUGUGCAUGACCGCAAAAUCCUACACAGGGACAUUAAAUCACAGAAUAUUUUUCUGACCAAAGAUGGUACAGUACAGAUGGGUGAUUUUGGAAUCGCUAGAGUUUUAAACAGCACUGUAGAGUUGGCAAGGACCUGUAUCGGCACACCAUAUUACCUGUCACCAGAGAUAUGUGAAAAUAAACCAUAUAACAACAAAAGUGAUAUUUGGGCCCUGGGAUGUGUCCUAUAUGAAAUGUGCACGCUUAAGCAUGCAUUUGAGGCGGGAAACAUGAAGAACCUGGUGCUAAAAAUCAUUCGUGGUUCAUACCCGCCUGUUUCAAUGCAUUAUUCCCAAGAUCUGCGCUUUCUCCUAACCCAGCUUUUUAAACGCAACCCAAGGGAAAGACCCUCAGUCUCUGCCAUUCUGGACAAGCCUUUUCUUGCACGCAGGAUUCACAAGUUUCUCACUCCUCAGCUUAUUGCUCAGGAAUUCAGCCACUCACCUCAACUUAAUCAUCCUAAACCUAGUGUCACCCAGGGAGCACCAGCCAAACGUCCCGCCCCUGGCCCCGCCCCCAUCUCUCCAGCUCAGAAAAUCACCAAACCAGCUGCCAAAUAUGGAGUGCCUUUAGCAGUACGGAGACCAUCUGAAGCUCUCAGGAAAGUCCCGGACCUGGCAAAGAAACCAAUUAAACUCAAGCAGGCUGCCCCUCAUGUUCCAGUUCAUAGAAGAGUGAGUCGAAUGGAGGAGGAGAGAAGGAAGCAUGAGGAGGGAGUUAGGAAAAAACGGAUGGAGAUGAUGGAGAGAGAGAGGAAACAAAGAGAACAGAUGUUGUUAUUAAAGGCUGCUCAGAUGAAGAGAUAUGAGAAGGAAAAGCUGAACCGAUUCAACCGUGCUCGGGAACAGGGUUGGAAACUUGUCCUCAGUUCUAGUGGAGGCAGCAGUCCAGAGCGAAAGUUUCAUGUUGGUGGUGGUGGUGGUGGCGGCGGUGGGGGCGGCGGCAUUGGAGCACCUCAUUGUCCUGGAAUUGUCCCCUCUCCUCUGCCUGGCCCCGCCCAUGCCGCACCCCAUCUUCCUGGUCCCUUCCCCGCUCCCAGCAGAGCUCAUGUAGACCACUCAGCGGAUGACCAACCAUUAAGACCAACACACAAAGAUGGUGCCAGUGAAGGCGGCAAGUGUUCAGGGGACAUUGGCAGGAUUCCUGCAGACUCUGAGAAACUGAACGGUCAUGUCUGCAUUCCCGAUAAGGGUGUUAUGAAGAGAGAACCACGGAAAGCAAGUCUCCAAAAUGAGCAGAUUUUAAAGAACAACUUUAGGUUACGUGGUCAGUUAGCAGCGGAAAGGGGUAACCAGGUGGAAGAGUUUUUACAGCGGAAAAGAGAAGCCAUGCUGAAUAAAGUCAGAGCAGAGGGACAGUUGGGGGCCCGGCAAAACCUGGCCGUCAUCUCCCGAUGCAGGAGACCCCAAGUCAACAAAGAGGAGGAGGAGUACUUGAUGAGGCUACGGCAGAUCAGACUGCAAAACUUUAAUGAACGUCAGCAGAUCAAAGCUCGCCUCAGAGGAGAAAAGUAUGACAGUGAUGGAUCAGACAGUCAGGAAUCAUGUGAAGAGGCAGUCCUCAGGAGAAAAAAGAUUGAGGCUUUAAAGGCCCAAUCAAAAGCUCGUGCCGCCAUACUCAAAGAACAGCUUGAAAAGAAAAGGAGAGAAGCAUACGAGAGAGAGAAGAAAGCAUGGGAGGAUCAUCUUGUAGCACGAGGAGUAAAGGUUCCUGCUGCAGCUCCACCUUCUUCAGCCACUCCCAAUCAGCAGCCUGACCCCACCCCCCAGGAGGAGGUCGCCAAAGCCACGCCCUCUUCUAGACCCACCACUCCAGCCAUUUCCAUGACUGCUGCUUUGAAGGACGUGGGCGCGAUUUCAUCUGUGCAGAGUUCACCUAUAAAAGAGGACUCUCUCAAAGCAGAAACAUCAGGUGUACAGAGUGAAAAGAAGGAGAUUCUUCGCAGGCUGAAUCAGAAGGUCCAGACUCCUGAGGAAGAUACUAAGAAACAUUCCACACUUUGUAGCAAUGAACCAUGUCCCACUCCUCAACCAAUCCAAUAUCCAGUCACAGACGAAAGGCCACCCACAGGUGGUGAUAGGAAGAAAUGGGAGGCUGUCGCUCCACCCCUGCUCUCUGUAGCAGAACAGACUCUGGAGGAAACCUGUGCAACUCUGGCAGUGUCUCAGGCAGCAUCUCCAGUGACAAGUGCUCCCUCUGGUGGAGACCGGAAGAAAUGGCAGAAUGAUGGUGCACCUCUGCUGUCUGUGGCUCAGCAGACACUAGAAGAAACCAGCCUUAAUACAGCAGGUCAACUAACAGUAGGUGAAGUCAUUUGCAUGGGCGAAUUAAAGGAGGAGGGGCUAAGGAAGGCUUGGGGGCGGAGCCCGGACUCUGAGGUUUUGAAGGUGUUGGAUAAAGCAGAACUCCAGUCCCUUACCCAGCAACUAGAUCACACCAGCAUCUGUGACAACACACUUAAUGAUUACAGCCUUAAUCCCAUUGAAGAAUCUUCAGAUGCCACACCAGCCAAUCAAGUGCCUCUUACUCAGGCAUGCCAGCCUGCUAUUGACCAUUCCAAACAGGAUGUGACAUGUCAGGAAACAGUGCCAAUCACAACAGAGGUUAAAAGUCAGGAAGUAAUCUUACCAAAACCAGAUGAGAUACAAAACAUUGAGUCUGGAGAAAGUGAGACAGAGGUGGUUGAUGAUAUGGAGUCAGUAGUUCUGGAGGAAGCCUCUCCGCAAACCUUAAAUCCCCCAGCAGAAGUCAUGCAGGCAUGGACCAAUGACAUUCCAGCAUCUGAGCCAGCAGAGGGCAGACUAAUUCAAGCUGAAAGCACAGAAAUACCUCGAAGGGAGGAGAAGCAGCCUGAACCAGCAGCUGAUGAGGCUCUGUUUGUGAAGCUAAGCAGCAGUCCAGCUCACAGACGCACGGUAGCAUUGGCACUCCUGUCUGCCCAAUCCUCGGCAGAAGACUCGUCGUCUGUUACCUCACGCUCUCGCUCGGUCUCUCCACAACAGUCCCACCGGCAUGAGGAUGCACUUCUCAUUGGCCUUUCCACAGGCCUCUUCGACACAAAUAACCCAAAGAUGCUGAGAACGUGCUCAUUGCCAGACCUCAGCAAAGUCUUCAAUGAUGCUGCCGAACCUGAAGGCCCUGUCGCUCCUGAAAACAACCUGGAGGUUGAGGAUCUGGAGGACAAAGGAGAUGAACCAUCUGAAACUGAAGAUGUAUACGAUGAUGAUGAUUUGAGAGAGCUCAGAGCAUCUAUGGAGAGGCUUCUCCAGGAACAGCGCAGUGACGAUGAUGAAGAGGAAGAUGAUGGUGGUGGUGAAUCCAAUGGGAGUCCUGCUGAUGAAGAACCAGCUGGUGUUAAUGGGCUGGCUGGUGUGGGUGGUAAACACAGUCCUGAGCCUCCUCUGGAGGUUUGCAAUGGGAUGGUUGAAGAAGAAGAUGAUGAUGCUGGCCAUGAUGAGGAAGAGGCAGGUGAGCUGGUAACUGAUGGAAUGGAUGUUGAGGAAGAUGAAGAGCAGAACAGCAGUGAAGGUCAGCUCAACGAGGAGUGGCAUUCAGAUGACAGUGAGGAAGAUGAUGAUGAAGAUCUAGAGCAGCAGGACAGCAUCUUCAGUCGCCUUGAGGAGUUGCGGUUCAAUCUUGAGCAGGCGAUGGGAUUUGAGAAUUUCAUCCAAGCCUACAACAAAAUAAAGGCCAUUCACGAAGAUGAAGAUGAGAACAUUGAAAUGGGCUCCAGCAUGGUGCAAAGCAUUUUGGGAACCCAGCAUCAGCACCUUUAUUCGAAAAUCCUCCAGUUGGUGAUGGCAGAUGGAGCUUACCAAGAAGAUAAUGAUGAAUAGGAGUUAUUCAUCCGUGCCAAUGGCAGCCUUGGACAAUCUGCUGGCAGGCUGAAGUGUUCCCAUGAUGCACUCUGACAGACUGAGGAGGUGCUGCUCAUAGAGGAUGGGGUGAAGGGGGGGAAAUGGGCCACUCAAGCACGGGCCGUUUACAGUCUACGGUUCGAUUGUACUUCUGACUUCCAUAUCCUAAGUAACUAAAGUAAAUUUCGUGCGUAUAAAUGUACUGUGGGUAAUAUUUAACCAAAGCGUAGCAGAGUGUUAGCAGAUGAGGGCGAAAAGUAAGUGUGUCCCCCUAGCUGUUGACAGACUGUAUGUGAAAUUGCUGCUCUGUGCUGUAUUUACUAACAGCUGAAGCCAUGAAAACUGCUUUUUAAGGCUUUGGACUGGCCUGGGAGGUCUAGUGUUGGGGGUCAGAGGUCAAUCAUCUGCCCAGUUUCAGGUACUCGUGCACAACAGACAGCAGGUUUUACGCAGCUGUCUACCUCAAAUACAGACUCGUCCAAGUAAAAAUAAGUCUUCUCAAACCAUUUUUUUUUCAGAAUCUCUUUUUAUACGUUUUACUGAAGUAACGGUUUACAUGAAAUCAUAUCACCUCUUAAGAUUUCUUACCAAUAAAACAAUUUUGGGAUGUGAAGGAACUGCUAUUUAAAGAGAUUGUGAGGAGAUACUAUGCAUAUACAGAGCAACUAUACAAUAGCGUGCUUCGUUUGGUGUUAUUUUGGGUUUAUGACAGGCAUUUUAAAUGCUUCGUGCAUGUUGUACGCAGCUGCACCUCCAGCUGGGUAUGCUGAAAUGGUUUUCUCAUUUUAGUCGCUGGCAAAAGUGGUACUUGAAAGUGUACAGAAAAAAAUGUAUAGCAUUCUAAAGCAAUUGUUUAAUAAUUUGCAAACAAUAUUACUGUGUGAUUGCAUGUUGUGUAUAUUUGUACUGAGAAUUAAAACAUACAUUUUUGAGAGAA